GAAGCGGUGUCUGAGCGUGAUUCGCGGACAGGCGAAGCCGGGCGUCAGUGCAGGCUUUGACAGUGAAUGAUGUUUCUUGCACAGGUUUCGCUACAUGCUUUUCCUUGCUGACAGAAGAAGCUCACAGUGGAUUGCCUAACUCUGGCUGCAGGUGCAGUUUCGUUUUUAAAGGGCAAGGUGGCUUAAAGGGAAUCACAGAGAAGUGUCCAAGAGCGCAGUUUAACCGGAUAUAUCUCCUUCCACCACUGAAGGAUAGUUAGUCUUCAUUGAAGGAUACCUGCUUCACUAAGCUAUAUUUUAAAUAGCUUAAAUGGCUUGCAUUUAUAGUUCCCUAAACUGAUCAAAACUAUAUUAACUGGAAGUUCUGUGGUUUUACAUGAUUUUUUUGUACUUUCAUUUAAUUAUACAAACCUGAAUCUACCAGACAAUUUAGGAUUUUAUCUUUUCAGCGCACAUAAAGGACAAUGACUUUUAGUAGCUACUGCAGCAGUCGUGGAUAUUAGUUUACGUGGUUUCACUGCUUUAGAGGUCGAUGACAAUGACUGGAUUAUUACAUGCACAGAUUCAGACCCUCCUGCGCUGCGCUCUCAGGUGAAAGGGAGCGGGCUCGCUGCAUUCCAACAGUGACAAAAAGACAGCUUUCAGUAAGAGGUCUCCUCAGCUGCACACACUGGUGGGAUUCCAACAACUAGCACAGUCGCUGGAUCACCCAUUAGAGACAGGGUCCCGAGGGAUUAGUAGAAGAAUGCUGGUCCCAGGUGCCCCAGGACAGGAUGGCGUUGUGUUGGCAGUGUGCUGUGGUUGUUAGAUGGUUGCUGUUGAUGCUCCUAUGGCAGUGGACAGUGCUGGACUGCCUGGGCUGGGUUCUGGUCCUCGCUGGAGCACCAGAUCAUUACACCUCCUCUACUGGCACCACCAGGGCUGAUGGGAGACUGGACUGGCUGCUGUCUGACAAAGGACCCUUUCACCGCUGCCCAGAAUACACCGAGUUCAAAGAACGAUUCCAGCAGGGCUUCACUACCAGAUACAAGAUCUACAGGGAGUUCAGUCACUGGAAAGUAAAUAGCUUGGCUACAGAACGACGGGACUUUUUAAAGGCAUCCCUGCCCUUGGCCCCUGAGUUCUUCCGCAAUCUUCGGCUCCUGGGUCGCCGGCCGAGUCUUCAACAGAUCAACGAAAACUUGAUCAAGAAAUAUGGGACACACUUCCUAGUGUCUGCGACACUCGGAGGAGAAGAGUCCCUCACUAUAUUUUUGGAUAAGCAGAAGCUAAGUAAGAAGGCAGAGGGCAAUGGAAACAGCUCAGCAGUGUCUCUGGAAGUCCUUCAUCAGCUGGCUGCCUCGUAUUUUACUGACAGAGAGAGCACUCUGCGAAGAUUGCACCAUCUCCAGAUAGCAACAUCAGCCAUCAAGGUAACCGAAACCAGGACUGGGCCUCUUGGAUGCAGUAACUAUGACAGCCUAGAUUCAGUCAGUUCAGUCCUAGUGCACAGCCCUGAAAACAAAAUCCACUUGAAAGGUCUCCAGGAAGUUCUGCCCGAGUUCCUGCGGACUCGUUUUGUGGAAGCCGCGCUUAGCUAUGUUGCCUGUAACUCCGAGGGAGAGCUCCUCUGUCACAACAAUGACUGCUGGUGCCGAUGCACCAAUAAGUUCCCAGAUUGCAAUUGUCCUUCUGCAGAUAUCAAAGCAAUGGAGGAAAAUCUACGGAAAAUCAAAGACACCUGGGCCAACAUCAACACAGAAUUUGAGGAAUCAGGUAGGUAUCUGUGAAGGUCUCUUUUAGUAUAACCCUAGAUCUUGUUCUUCACAAACCUUUGGUUUCUGAUGAAGCUUUUAUCUAAGAGUUUAGAACUCUCUUCAUAAUGCCUUAGGAGUGUUAGUUUUUCAUCUGUUAUGUUUAAUAUUGCUUAUUGCUUUGGCAAUUAUCAUUUAAAGACUUGAAUGAAAUGUAUUAGCACAAAACAAUUUUCACCGUAAUUGAGAAAUGUUACUCUUGUGAUGGAUUAAAUAGAAAUGUAGAGAAGCUAGAGGUUAAUCAUUGCUUAGUGCAUGUCUAAUAUCAAAAACUGUCAGGAUUAUUCCAUACAGCCUUGUGCAGUGCAUGGCAACACUCUCUCACAUGAGCUCCAAUUGUACAAUAUGUUCAUAGAAAAUUGAAAUUUAAUGAGAAGCAUUUCAAAGUCUGUUACAUAGGACAAUGCUUAUUUUCACAUUUUUUGUUUUUAUAACAAGGCACUAUGGGAUACGCUGGCAAUACAAGUCAGUCAAGAUUGCUGUGUUAUGUUGUAAUUGGCACAUAAUGACUUUGGCAUAUUGUGCAAUUAAGGUAAUUAACAUCUUAACUUACUCAUGCAGUAGAAAUUGUACUACACAACUAGAGCCAUAGAUUUGCAGCGCAGUUUCCAAUGCCAUCUGAGCACAUAUAUAAGGUAGACCUUCCACCAUAUUCCAUGGUGAAUGGAUUGCAAUUUAUUAGUUAAUUAAGGAGAUCAAAAGUACUCCUUCCUCACUGAUUCCUGCAUUAUAUCUGGAGGCUGAUUGAAGGAAAUAUAGGAUUUAAAAAUCACUAUUAAACAAAUAAUUUCUAAAGAGUCUGAACAACCCUGUUGUCAACAACAAAGCAGGUUAAAUCAGUUAAAAUAAGUAAUUUAGCAAAGGUAAUUUGGGAUCAAAAUUUGAGUAACCUGUUAUCAAGAAACAGUGUUUCUUCAUUGAACAUACAGUACUAGUUGCUUACUUCAUCAACAAUUUACAGGUGUUUAACUUCAGAAACAGGUGAUCUGUGAGACUAGGUUGAGGUGGGGUUCUCCUGGACUGAAAUUGGAGACCUUGAAAAAAAAUAACUGAUGCAUAAAAUAAGAGAGAUGCAUCUCAGUUUACUCUGUAUUUAGCUGUAGGUGAUCGCUUUCCACCCAGGACUGAAUUCUUCAAAGUCUUAGAUACAAACAGCCACAGGAGAACUAGCUGUAGAACUGCCUUGAUUUGUUUUUAGUUAAAUCAAAGAUGAUAUGUCUGUCAUGAGAAAAAAAAGGGGUUAACCCGCUGUAAGGAAGCUGUGCUGGCACAUCAUGUUUCCACAGCUGGAGUUUUUUUCCUGCUGGCAAGAGAUCCAAUCAGGUAGAUAAAAACUCGCUCUCAUCCCAAAGCUUCUCCCCAUGAUGGUGCUUUAAUGAGAGGGCCCCAAAUCCCUUUAACUGUAACACUUUGCUCAUCAGAAUGCAUAUCUCCUUUUAGCAGGCAAAGUGCUUGGCUCCAGAGGAAUGUUAAGGCAAGAGUGAAGGAGAGCUGAAGAUUUUAUUUACCCAAGUAAUAAAUCGUUGCUCAUUGUCAAAGCCACAGUGGAAGCCUGAGAGGCUGUUAAUAACAGUAGUCUUUGAUAUAAACAGAUUUGCCAUGGCACUGUCUUUGACAGCACAUUUAAAUACCUAGAAGUGUUCACAUUAAGGAUAGCUGCCAGGAUGUCUCCAACUCUGAGUAUCCACAUUAAAGAUUUUUUUCUUUAUGUUUUUUCUUUGUAAUGUGACAUUUUCUGUGAACAUUCUUGUUUCUUUCAUCUACCAUGCAUUUCCAAAACUUGUGCAAACUGCAGCUCUUUUAUUCUCUCCACUGGGCUUCAGUUUUACCAAACACUAAGAAAUCCCUCAAAACAUUUCGAAAGAGUCCCUCAACUUAAGAGUUAUGAAGACAAUAAUGGCCUAUUGAUGAACAGGUGCCACUAACUGAUAUUAACGAAAGAAGACAUAAAACAAUCAGCAUUAUUCACGCUUGUCUUUUGGUUUUGGCAACCUGCAAGGCUACUGAUUAUGAAUUACGUGUUCAUCACUGCGUUCUUGCCUACUCAAUGUCUGAAAUGUAUGACACCCUUUCUAGCUAAAGAUUGUGAUUUAUCACAUACAGUAAAUUAAGCCCAUAAACCUAACCACUCAGGACGUAUCCGAGUCAUUGUAUUUAUUUUAUUAUACUAUGAUAUACUGAAAAUCACUUAAUUGUUACAACAAGACCAUUACCUUAAUUAAAAACAUGCCUUCCAGUAGCUAGAACUCAAUUGCUGUCCUGUACCACCUACAAAAUGCCUUGGCAGCAUUUUCUACAUCAGACAGCGCCUGUUGAGAUUUCACUGAAGCCUUGCCCAUUUAUACUUUUAUUGCUUCAAUAAAGCUUGCUGUACGAGUGUUUAGAUGUUGAAUGGCUUGUUUCUAAUGUGGCAUGUAAGUAUAAAUGUGAAAGGGGGGUUCCAAAAAUUGAUUCUUUUGGUUCAAUAACUGGCAGAGUUUGCAACACCCCUACUCUUAGCAUCUAUACUUUUUCCAAAUUGAUUUUUGCUUCUACAUUUCAAAUUGGAAGCGAGUGCAUUUAUACCACCGAGGCAAUUUAUGAUCUUUCUCUCUCUAAAGGUUCCUCCUACUUAGUGAAAAGUAAAGACGCAGUAUUUAAAAAUGACUUCAUAAACAUUAUCUUUUCAAGGGAGGAUGGUAGUGGGUUGAACUUAUUUUACCACAAUAGUUUUUUGUUGUCAUGUUAUACAUAGCCCUGGGAAAGCCCUGAAUUGUUCACAGUUUUCACACAAUAAAUGAACAUAAAAGGAAUUACUUGGUAAUGUCCAUGGUAUGUGCAGUAAGCAAUUGUUGCCCAUCUAAUAUUUGUUUAAAGGAAAGGGCAUAUUAAAGACAGUGCAAAGUAAAAUGUAUAUCAUUAUACAGUUUUCCUGACAGAACAGAAUAGACCGUUUUUCUCUUUUAACAUGAACAGAAAACCUAAACAGAUUUCAUGACCUGAAUGUUAAUAUUGCAUGAUCAUCAGCACAAGGUUAUCUGUGUAUUUGCACAUGGUAUAGAGUUUAAAUCAAUUAUUCAUAGUGCCAGUAUGGGUUUCUCUAAUCCUUAUGUUUGACUCAAUUAUAGACUCUGUCAUUGGGAUGUAUCAGAGAAAGACACUUGACAUAAUCUAAUGUAUCUAUCUGUAUAUGAAUGCGUGUGUGCAUGGAAUUUAUUUAUUUGAAAUCUUUGUUUUUACAACUUCUUCCAGAGUGCCCUGGAAUUUUAAUAACUAUAACGAUUAUAAUGUAUGCCAAGAUUCCUUGUAAAUUAAAAAUAGCCUCUGAAGCAAGGCUUCCCAGUCCUUGUCCUAAUGAUCCAGGUGUCUUCUGGUUUUCAUUCAAGCUGAGCUCUCAAUCACUUAAUUAAACCUUUCGUUGAUUCAAUCAUUUGUUUAAUUU